GGGCAAGGGCUUCAUUUCCGUGUCUUGUUUCCGCCACCUCGCUUCCGGCGGAGCGCAGCCCCUGCGAUCAAACUGAGGGACGGCGUCGGGGGCGGGAGAGGUGCCGCUCCCAUGGCUAGGAAGAGGUCAUCAGGCAGGCAGUCCCCACUGCCGCUGCUGGGGCUGCUGGUCUCAGUUGCUGCUGUCCACCUUGUCGUCUGUCCCUACACCAAGGUGGAGGAGAGCUUCAACCUGCAGGCCACACAUGACCUGCUCUUCCACCAGCUGGACCUGGAUGAGUAUGACCACCACGAGUUCCCUGGUGUCGUGCCUAGGACGUUCCUGGGGCCACUGUUGCUCGCAGCAUUCUCUAGCCCUGUGGUGUGUGUGCUCUCGCUGCUGGAAGUGUCCAAGUUUUAUUCUCAGCUGAUAAUCAGAGGAGUGCUUGGGCUGGGCGUGAUUUGGGGACUGUGGACAUUACAAAAAGAAGUGAGGCGGCAGUUUGGGGCUACAGUGGCCACCAUGUUCUGCUGGGUGACAGCCACACAGUUCCACCUGAUGUUCUACUGCACGCGGACACUGCCCAACGUGCUGGCCCUCGCCGUGGUGCUGCCAGCCCUGGUGGCGUGGCUGCAGCACCUCUGGGCCCGCUUCAUCUGGCUCUCGGCGCUGGCCAUCAUCGUCUUCAGGGCUGAGCUGAGCCUGCUGCUGGGUCUGCUGCUACUGCUGUCCCUGUUCCGCCGACGGCUGUCCAUGGCCACGCUGCUCCGCCACACAGUGCCUGCGGGGAUGCUCUGUCUCGGACUGACGGUUGCUGUGGACUCCUAUUUCUGGAGAUACCUCGUGUGGCCCGAAGGGACGGUGCUGUGGUAUAACACAGUCCUGAACAAGAGCUCCAACUGGGGCACCUCCCCGCUCCUGUGGUAUUUCUAUUCGGCCCUGCCCCGCGGCCUGGGCUGCAGCCUCCUGUUUGUGCCCCUGGGCGCCAUGGACCGAAGGACCCACGCGCUGACGCUGCCGGCCCUGGGCUUCGUCGCCCUGUACUCGCUCCUUCCGCACAAGGAGCUGCGCUUCGUCAUCUACGCCUUCCCAGGGCUCAAUGUCGUGGCCGCCAGGGGCUGCUCCUACCUUCUGAAUAAUUACAGAAAGUCUCGGCUGUACAAGGCGGGGACCCUGCUCGUGUUUGGACACCUGCUGGUGAACGCCGCCUACACGGCCACGUCCCUCUACGUGUCCCACUUCAACUACCCUGGGGGUGUGGCCAUGCAGCGACUGCAUGAGCUGGUGGCCCCUGGGACAGACGUCCUCCUGCACAUCGACGUGGCUGCUGCACAGACCGGGGUGUCAAGGUUCCUGCAGGUCAACAGUGCCUGGAGGUAUGACAAGAGGGAAGACUUGUCGCCCGGCGCGGCGGGCAUGCUGGCCUACACCCAUGUCCUCAUGGAGGCUGUGCCCGAGCACCUCGCCCACUACAGGGACACCCACCGCGUCCUGGCCGGCAUCGCAGGCACCACUGGUGUGAGUCUGAACCUCACCAGACUACCUCCAAUAGAUGUCAACCUGCAGACGAAGCUGGUGCUUCUGGAGCGACUUCUCAGGCCGUCCUGAGGGCCAGCCCUGGUUGCUUGGUGAGCAGCAAGGGGCCCAGGGUGGGCCUUACUGGCACCCAGAGCCGCUGUUGAGGACACGUGGCCCUGCACCUCCCAUGUGCCACCAGGGUGGGCAGCAGGGCCAUGUAUUGCCAAGCCCAGGCACCCCUGUGUCCACAGGGGCACAGGGCCAAGCCAGGACGGCCCCAGUGCCCAGCCGUGGUGGCUCUGGUGAGCACAGGGUCCCUGCUGCCGGAGCAUCUUCUCCACUCCAGAUGGAGCUGGUAGGAGAGAACAUGUUCAAAAGGCAAUGAGAAUAAACUUUAGCAUUUGCUUAAA